AGGAUUUUGAUUCUAUUUUCUUAUCUCAAAAACGUAUAAGAAAGUACACAAAUCAUCUCAAAUCCGGUAUAAAUUCUUCUGAUGAUUCUGAAAUUGAAGCUAAUCAACCUUCAGAAUUUUCUGAAUUUACUACUGAAGAAGAUGAAGUUACAAGUGAAUCUGAUGAUGGUGAAUCUGAUGAUAAUGGUGAUUUUGAAACAUUUGAGGAUUAUGCAUUACCGGAUUAUGAGCUAUUUCAAGAUCUACCAAAUACAGAAUCAAUUGAUGAUGACCAAUUUUUAUGGAUAUUAAUUUGGAUCAUAAAUCGGAGGUAA